AUGAAAAACUUUCUUAUGGUGUCUAUCCUUACGUUUUACGCGACUGUGGAAAGCACGGGCGGCACGUGGAGUGUGUGGACACCUGUCCCAACACGUGUCAGAAUCGACAUUAUUCUGGUCCACGAAAAUGUGUGGCAAAGUGUCAGAGCGGGUGUGACUGUAAGCCGGGUUACAUCAAACUCAGCGCCAAUAGUGUUGAAUGCGUUCGACCCGCAAAUUGCCCUAGGACACCUUAUUAAACACACCCAGGCCUCGACACAAUCAACAAGAUCAAUUGAAACCCAAUCGCAUGUAAGUCCGGACGUCUGGAGAUUCUGGACGUGUAUCCACUCGGGUGUCAAGUUGUGCUCAAAUCUAACUCAUCUUAAGGUAAAAGGCCUAUCGAUGUCUGUGUUAAGCUAUAGCGAGUCAAAUGACUCGUCGUUUCCGAGACUAAACACGUUUUGGUUUAAAUACACGGCGAAGACGUCUAUAGAUUUGGAAGAUUUGUCAAAAUCUAUGUAA